UUUUUAGGUACAGAGUAAGAAAAGUAUGGAAAGCAAUGGUGCUGUUGAUCCAGCUUUUAAAGGAAUAUCAAGGACUUCAACUGCAUUUCUCAUAUGGAGAGUUGAGAAUUUGCAGUUGGUACCAGUACCAAAGGAACAAUAUGGUACAUUUUAUGAUGGAGAUUCGUAUAUAAUCUAUGCUGCUUCCGAGUACGGCAAACAUGGAAAUCCCAAUACAAAAUCAAGGGAAAUUAAGGGAAAUCUUGAAAUGCAUAUUCACUUUUGGUUGGGUAACAAUACUAGUCAGGACGAAAGUGCCGUAGCUGCCUUUAAAAGUGUGGAACUGGACAACUAUUUAGGAGGCAAACCUGUUCAGCACAGGGAAGUGAGGGGAAAUGAAUCUUCAAGAUUUAAGGCAUACUUUAAGAAUGGAAUAAGAAUACUACUAGGAGGAUUCGACUCUGGAUUGAAAGUUGUGAAUAACAAUUUUGAACCAAGGCUAUUCCGAGUCAAAGGAAGAAGAAGACCCCUAGUGACCCAGAUGCCAGCUGUAGCCUGGGAAUACUUCAAUUCAGGAGAUGCUUUCAUCAUCGACACAAAAGAUGUAGUUUUUGUGUGGAUUGGCAGAACUUCAAAUUCAAUGGAAAGGCUACAAGCAGCAAAGGUGGCGACUCAGUUUCGUGAUGAAAGAAAUGCCCUGUCUAUUGUUUUUGUCGAUGACGGAAAGGAAAUGGAACUACCUAGCCCAGAACAGACGCUGCUUGGAUUUUAUCUGGACCUGAGGCCACUUGCAAAAAGGGUGAUGCCAGAAGUUAAUGGUGUCGAUGAACAUGUAGAACAAGAGGUCAGAUCACAGCUGAAAUUUUACCGAUGUUCUGAUGAUGACGGAAUUUAUAAAGUUACUGAAGUAAAAACAGGAUCAUUGAGUCAAUCAGAUUUAGAUCCAAAAGACUCUUAUAUCAUUGACAAUGGUCCUUACCACAUCUGGGUUUGGAUAGGAAGAAAUGCUUCAUCAAAAGAGAGAGUCGAAGCAAUGAGGAACGCUAAUGGUUUCCUAAAAAAAAAGAAUUAUCCAGUGAGUUGCCGUGUGAGCAGGGUUGUAGAUGGCGGUGAACCUGCUGAAUUUAGAGUACUGUUUCCAAGUUGGGAAGUUAGAGAACCAGUUCAAAGCCCCAAAGCUGCAUCACCAAAAAGUCAACCAAUAGCUGUUCAGAAUCUCAGUUCCCUCGAAAGUAAUACUUCAUUGGCUGCUAAAGAACAAAUAUUAGAUAAUGGCUCUGGAAAUUUAAAAGUUUGGAGGGUUUCCAAAACAAAUCUUGUUGAAGUAGAAAAAAAUAGUAUCCUGUUUUCUUCAGAAAUAUAUUAUUUGUUAUACACAUAUCCAUACAAUGGCUCCAACAAAGAAGUAUUAUAUUAUUGGCUGGGAUCUACAUCAAAAGAAAAUGCCCAAACUCACUUAACAUUAUCUCAAGAAGACCUUGUAGCAAAAGCAAAUGUAAAGGCUCGAAUAUUACAGUGCAACCAACCUCCUCACUUUUUGGUUGCCUUCAGAGGAAAAUUAGUAAUAAUGGAUGGAGAGCACAAAGAACACAUGCCAAAAACUUAUUUACUUCAGAUAAGAGGCAAUCAAAUAUUCAACACAUUUGGGCAGCAGAAGCCUCUUGAAAGAAUGUCUCUUAAUUCAAACCAUGUAUACCUGCUUAAGACAGAAAGUGAAAGUUACUUAUGGUGUGGCAAAAGUUCAACAGGAGAUGAAAGAGAAAUGGCUAAAGGUUUAUCCCUCACAUUAGUGAAAGAAUUCUCUGUUCUAUUUGAAGGGCAAGAAAAACAAGAUUUCUGGAAAUAUUUACCUGGAAAUGAAACCUAUAGUAAUUGUUUGAGACCUGCUAUUGUACCCCUUAAGGCUCCCGCUGUGAGACUUUUCUAUUACUCAAAAUUGAAAGGUGGCUUGAAAGUUGAAGAAAUUAUGGAUUUUGCUCAAAGUGAUCUAGCACAAGAAGAUAUAUUUAUUCUGGAUGCUUUCCAUACUUUAAUGAUAUGGACUGGAAAAUAUGCUAAUAGGGAAGAAAAAAAUAAAGCCUUUGAAAUAGCACUGGAAUUUUUGAAAACUGACCCUUCAAGAAGAGAACCUAAUAUUCCAAUAAUGCAUGUAAAACAAGGAUAUGAACCCCCCACAUUUACUGGAUUUUUCACUGAAUGGGACCCUCAGAUGUGGAUGAAAGAACAAAAAUUUGAAGAACUUCGGGAGGAAAUCGAUAGACAGAAACCUUUGCUACAAGUAGAUCUGAUUGUAGCGGAUACAGUUCCUAAUUUUUAUGAAUGUGAGAAACAUCCUUUGAAUGUUCUUUUAGAAAGGGAUCCAGAUAAACUUCCUUCUGGAAUAGAUGUCCAACACAAAGAGCUUUACCUUUCAUCAGAAGAAUUUUUUGAUGUUUUUUCUAUGAAAUACUCAGAGUAUUCUGCUAUUCCGAAGUGGAAGCAAGAUUGUUUGAAGAAAAAUGUUGGCCUGUUUUGA